UGCUCUUUCGCAGAUCUCGAUUUGGUGUGACAAGCUAUCCUAACUAAGGUAUUUAAAGCUGAGCUUACGAUGUUGAAAACAAGUCAUUUUCAGUGAAUGCCGUGCAGAGUGUAAACAUUUCCAGAAGCUGGGCUCAAAUCGACGCACGGUAGUGCUAUAUACCGUGUUCAAUAAUUACAAUGGGAACUGGCGUCUUAUAUUGUUGCUCUCUUCGAAACCCCUUUCAUCUUUUUUGUGUUCUAUCAGGAACACCUUCAUUCGCGGUGGUAGCGUGUUCUCGGAUAAUCCCAGUAUUCGAACUCCUUAAUGUCUGCUUCACCUGUACGGAAAUUACUCGUUGUGGGGGGUAAUGGAUUCAUUGGUUCGGCGAUAUGUUGUGCUGCAUUAGCAAAGGGUAUACAGGUUACUAGUGUCAGCUCCUCGGGACGCCCAUACACCACGCCGAAAGGACAUACUCCCGCAUGGACAUCGAAAGUAACUUGGCUCAAAGGCUCCGCACACAACCCAACUACCUUUUCGGACGUGUUGGCUGACGUCCAUGGAGUUGUCCACACGCUUGGAACUCUGAUUGAAGACGGCGGCAAGUACAAACAGGCAAUAAGAGAGGGAAAUGUUACCAAAAUGAUUGGAAGUGCCUUAGGCAGUGUUUUCGGGUUCCAAAAUCCUUUGAAGGGUAUUUCUGAAGGGAGUUAUGAGGACAUAAAUCGCGACAGCGCUCUCCGUGUAUGUGAAGCAUUUCUCUCUUCCGGACAAGGAAAACAAUCUCCGAAACCGAGACCAUUUGUCUAUAUCUCUGCGGAGGACGUAUUCAGGCCCAUAAUUCCAGCAAGAUAUAUUGAAACGAAACGUGAAGCCGAAAUGGGUAUUGAGGCUAUGCUGUCGACGUCUCCUCCGGGCCAAUAUCGUGGCGUGUAUAUCAGACCUAGCCUUGUAUACCACGCGCAUUAUCGCCCCUUGACAACUCCUGCAGCUGCAAUAUUCGACCUGUCCGCGUCGCUGCACCGUAAGAUACCUCAGGGGAUUCCAAAACCUUCGCAACUUCUGCAUUAUCUCGGUGCUGCUUUAUCACCGCAAUCAUCUCUUUCAAUACGCAAUGCACGUGGGCCUCUGAAGGACGCUUCAUUGGGUUCUCCAUUAGAUAGCAUUGCGAAUGCGAUAACAAUCCCGCCAAUACACGUCGACCACGUUGCAGAGGCAAUCGUCAUCGCGUUGGAGGAUAGUACUGUCAGGGGUGUAGUCGGAGUGGGGCGUAUGAGGGAACUGAUUGGUUGGUGGCCUGAAGAUCAACACCGUUCCACCCAAAAUGCGAUCUAGUAAGUGCGAAUAUACGAGAGAGACGGGUGUGUAAAUGAAUAUAUGAUUGAGGUAUUUAAAUGAAGAUGAUUGCAAUGUUGUCGCCUUUGAGAAUUGUUACACUUUGCACUUGCAUGAAGUAAAAUACUAUGUACUCUGUUCCCUAUCCUAACCUUGGUUUCUUCCUCAGUUUUGUUGUGCCAUGUACCU